UCACUAUGGGCUUCGCCACCACCGCCCGCUUGUAUGAAAAAUGGGGUGAAGGGGGAGUCUGGAGCCAGCGACGAUGAGCUGACGUCUGAUAUUCUCAGCCACUGCAGCAGUGCCAGUGAAAGCACCGCUGUGCUGGAAGAGGGCACAGGAGCGGAGCAGGUGGAUGAGCUGACUGCCCAGGAGGAAACGGAAGACAAACUCAAGCAGUGUAUAGACAACUUGAUGGAUAAGAGCUCUAAGACACGUCUAGCGGGUCUGGAGUCGCUGCGUCAGGCUUUUUCCUCCAAAGUGCUGUACGACUUCCUCACAGAGAGACGCCUCACCAUCAGCGACUGCCUGGAAAGAAGCCUUAAAAAGGGCGGCGUGGAGGAGCAGGCAGCGGCGGCCACGCUCUUCACCCUGCUCUGUAUCCAGUUGGGGGGUGGAGACGAGGCAGAAGAGGGGUUCAAAGUGCUCCGCCCCAUCCUCACUGCAAUUCUGAUUGACAGCACUGCCAGCUUAGUGGCCCGCCAGAGUUGUGCCAGAGCGUUGGGGAUGUGCUGCUAUGUCUGUACUGCUGAAGAAGGAGAGACCCCCCCCCCAGGACCUGGCGUCAAAUCUUUGGCCCUUCUGGAGAGCGUCUUCAUGUCGUCCUACCCCAACCGAGAGGGAACUAUGCCCACCCCCAAACCCGGCAGCCCAGCUCUCCACAGUGCCGCCCUGCAGGCCUGGUCCCUGCUGGUCACCCUCUGCCCUGCAUCCAGACUGACCGUGCUGCUCAACCUUCACCUCCCCAAACUGCAGGUGUGUUUGCAGAGCAGUGACGUCAACUUCAGGAUAGCAGCAGGAGAGACCAUCGCCCUGCUGGUGGAGCUGGGGCGAGAUGUAGACGAGGAGUUUGAGGUGGAGGACAGUGAAAGUCUUUGUGAGAGUCUGAAGGGUCUAGCCACAGACGGCAACAAGCACCGAGCCAAGAACGACCGGCGGAAACAGCGCUCCAUCUUCAGAGAGGUGCUUCAUUACAUAGAGAGUGAGGACUUCACCGUGGAGAAGAUCAGGUUCGGAAUAGAGGACGUUUACAUCGACAGCUUUACGAGGAGGAGAAUCUACGAUGCCUUCAAAGAGAUCAUGGAGUCCGGAGUCAGACACCAUCUACAGUUCAACCCACUAGUGAGAGACAUCUUUGGCCUCGGCGCUCCCCUCAUCCUGGACGCUACUGCCAAAAGCAACAAGAUCUCUCGAUUUGAGAAGCAUCUUUUCAACUCUGCUGCUUUCAAGGCCAGGACUAAACAGAGGAACAAAGUCAGGGACAAACGGGCUGACAUCAUGUGAGAAGAACGACAAUGCAGUGAAUGUGUGGAACUCCGUGGGCGUUAUUGAGAUGGAUCCAAAAUGAUGCCUCCGUUAUUCCAGCUGUCAGACACAAAGACUGAACAAACUCUUUAAAGGGCUUUUUCACUUGUGCUCUUCACCCACAAACAAAUACUUCAGAUUCAAGAUAGCCAACAUUUAUUAUUAGCUUCAACAGUGAAAGGCAAGUUUACACUAUCUGUGCUGCUUUUCACCUGUUUUUGACACAACACAGGGUGAAUUGCAGCACCAAUUGCUAACUGUAUUUAACAAUAUACCAGUCCAUAGGCUUCAAAAUGGAUAUGAACUGGACAGAAACAAGUUGAUUUCACAAGAUAGUAAAAAAAAAUCUUAUAUUAAUUUUCUAAAUAUAAACAAAUAAAGUAAUUGGGCAAACAUUCUAACACUUUAUGUUACAUUUUAGAUCUGAGGAGGCCCUCUCUGGUGCUGAUAGGAUUUUUUUCCGAUACUCAGCUUUAACCGCUGCCUGGUGGCUUGACCGGUCAGGCAAGUCUUUUUAAAUGCUAAUAACUGACUUCUAUUUCCACAUAAAGCUGCUUCUCUUGACCAUAUCCAGUCCUGGUUGCUUCUGUAACACAUAUAAAAAAAGGGCCAUGUUAAUAUAUUCAAAUCUCCUCUACUGUGGGCUGCAUAUUUUUUGUUAUCCCUCAGUUGUCUUCUGUCUUUACACCCAGUGACCACUUCAACUGCCAAACCAGACACUGGCUUUAAGAACAAUGCAACCUAAAAUCAAACUAGUGGUGUUUUUGUGUAAGAGUGAUUUUUAACGACAUUUAUUUAACAUCCUGAAAUAAAACGCACAAAUACACAUAAACAAUAUUUUUGCUUCAUUAAAAUCAAAUCAAAGAGGUUAUACGGUCAUCUUUAUUACUUUUUUGAGAGGAAAAAUAUGUUUUAAUCAUUUCUGGUGGAACAUUGUAUUUUACUGUGUAAUUUGUUGAAAGAACAGUACUGUGUUUUUUUUUUUUUAAAAGAACAUUUCAAAUGCUAAGAACUGUUUACAAACAAUUAUGUCAAGUAUAUUUUUAACAUGGGUUGGUAGAUCAUACAAUCCAUGUAUGUGUAUUGCAGACACACUGUACAUACAGAUUUAUGGAAGACUUGUAUCAGACGAUGCGUUUGAAUGAUUUUACCUUUUUCAUGAUCUGUAAAUACACACUGUACAGGCCACCUACCAGAGCUGCUGAUCAGUUUGAUGGUGUUGUUUUUAAUGAUGGUUAGGUUUUUUGCUUAUUGCAUUUAAAAAGCACACAUGUUGCCUGGAGUCUUCUGUACUGUAAGGAAAAUCUCUCAUCAGCUUUCAUAGUUUCUGUCGUUGAACCAGGAUUGACCCCUGCAUGAAGAGCAGCAGCCUCACCAAACGGUCUUAUCAGUGCUUAUGGUGUUACAGAAGAAGGAUCAAAUGAAAUAAAGACUAUUUAAGCAA